CGCGCGCGGCGCCGGCCUUUUAAAAGGUGCUGGGGCUGGGCCGGCUCGCCUGCAACCCGGGUUCCAGCUGCCUCGGUUUCCUCUCGUCGCCUCAGCCGCUGCUCUCGCUCGCCAUGCUGUCCGUCCGCGUCCCGCUCGCCACCAUCACCGACCAGCAGCAGCUGAAGGUGUCGCCGCUGAAGCGGCUCAGCCUGGCCGAGAAGGAGAACACGCCCCCGGCCCUCAGCGCCACCCGCGUCCUGGCCAGCAAGGUUGCGCGGAGAAUCUUACAGGACCCGGCCGAACUGGAAAGUAAAGUCUCUGCUAACCCCAGCGUUGAGGAUGAGCCGUUACUGAGAGAGAACCCUCACCGCUUUGUCAUCUUUCCCAUCAAAUACCAUGAUAUCUGGCAGAUGUACAAGAAAGCGGAGGCCUCCUUUUGGACGGCUGAGGAGGUGGACCUUUCCAAGGAUAUCCAGCACUGGGAAGCUCUGAAACCCGACGAGAGACAUUUUAUAUCUCACGUUCUGGCUUUCUUCGCAGCCAGUGACGGCAUAGUCAAUGAGAACCUGGUGGAGCGAUUUAGCCAAGAAGUUCAAGUCACAGAGGCCCGCUGUUUCUAUGGCUUCCAAAUUGCCAUGGAAAACAUACAUUCUGAAAUGUACAGUCUCCUGAUUGACACCUACAUUAAAGAUCCCAAGGAGAGGGAGUAUCUCUUCAAUGCUAUCGAAACGAUGCCUUGUGUGAAGAAGAAGGCCGACUGGGCCUUGCGUUGGAUUGGGGACAAAGAGGCUACGUACGGAGAACGUGUUGUGGCCUUCGCCGCCGUGGAAGGCAUCUUCUUCUCCGGUUCUUUUGCAUCCAUAUUCUGGCUCAAGAAGCGGGGACUGAUGCCCGGCCUUACAUUUUCCAAUGAGCUUAUCAGCAGAGACGAGGGCUUACACUGUGACUUUGCCUGCCUGAUGUUCAAGCACCUGGUACACAAGCCAUCGGCGCAGAGGGUAAAAGAGAUAAUUGUCAACGCCGUGAGGAUAGAGCAGGAGUUCCUCACGGAGGCCUUGCCUGUGAAGCUCAUCGGGAUGAACUGCACUCUGAUGAAGCAGUACAUUGAGUUCGUGGCCGACAGGCUGAUGCUGGAGCUGGGCUUUAACAAGAUUUUCAAAGUAGAGAAUCCAUUUGACUUCAUGGAAAAUAUUUCACUAGAAGGAAAGACAAACUUCUUUGAGAAGCGAGUGGGCGAGUACCAGAGGAUGGGGGUGAUGUCGAGUUCAACAGAUAAUUCUUUUACCUUGGAUGCUGAUUUCUAAGUAAACUGAUGGUGCUCUUUGCUGAUUUUCUUCCCCUUGUCAUAAAAAAAUCAGCAAAAAAAAAAAAAAAAAAAACCCAAAAAACAAUCAACUAGUUACACCAUGAAUGGUGAUUAAAUUUGUUAUCCGGUAUCUAAAAGCUGUGUAGCUACCUCAGUUGGUGCUUUUUUUGCUAGUGGGUCACUAGCAAAAAAGAAGAGGAUGUUUAACAACAAAAGGGGAGAUCCUGUCCUUGGUCACCUUUGGCUCAAAGCGCCCGCUAACAGCAUUGAUCCAGGCUUUAUGAGAGGCGGCCCUCCAGCAAGCAGGACUAACAUUUAGUUGCCGCAAGGCCGUUUAAAGAUGUCAGCCUCAUCCACUCCUUCCUGCGGACUCUAGAGUUUACUUAAGUUUGUAAAUAAAACUGGCACUUUGCACAUAGUCAAGGAGGGGAGGAAAGCCUGGUUUAUUUGGUUUCUAGACCAAGCACCAAGUGUUCUCUUUACCACUGAUGGCAGCUGAUUAAAAUCUAAGUGUCUAAGAAGUUAGUGCUGGGUAAGCAUGUCAUUUCCAAAGCUUGGUGUUUUUCGGUGACUUCAAAUGCUUUUUCAUCAGCUUUGAAGUCAGUCCUGUGCGAUCUAGGCAUUAGCCUGCUGGUGUUAGUCAUGGACAGGGUGAAUGUUACCCCAGAGAUCAGGGCAUCUCCUGCUUCAUAGAACUUCCAGCUUUGAGUCUCUAGAAACUUAGGCGGGAUUUGGGACAUUUGCUGGUUAGCCCAGGCCCACUCUUCAUUUGUAUGAAAAGCAGUAUCUUUUUUUCCCCCAACUUAUACUUUGCCCCAUUUCUAGUUUGUAUGGAGUCCUGAAAAGGCUUUAUAAGGUAGGAUUUUCAAUAGUGACCCGCACACACUCUUGAUUUUUGUCAGUAGUAAAGCUGUGGCUGAAAUCUGCUCUCCUAAAAGAUGCAGGAGACUUGAUUGUGUGAACAAGUACUAUUGAAAUUGGAUCCACUUAUUAACUGACGAGACCUGGAACUUGCUGUGUAGACCAGGUUUAGUCUCUUAAACUUGCCUAUGUCUCCCAAACACUGGGAUUAAGGUUUGUGCCACCAUACCUGGCUUUACCCAGUGAAUUCCUAAACACCAGAAACCAGUACUACAUGGGCUGUUAAUGUGUAUUCCACUCAGAUUGUCAGGCUGAAAUGCAGACCAGUAGAUACAGCUAACAGCUAGUGCGAAUUAAUCUUUUAUGUGCAUUGAUCUGUUUUUGUGUUUAGGGAAUAAUCUAGAAUUCACCUAGUGAGUUUGAGAGGCUGGUUAGGGGUACAUAAGUGGAAUUGUCUUACAUCAAAACAGCGAAAGCAAGUGUGUUUAACUGAUGUGUAUCAGCUGUUUGACCCCUGGUCGCUUUUCUUUAUUGUUUUGUACUGAGAUUGUUUAUACUUUUUAAAUUAUUUUUAUUGUUGAAAUUAAUAAAAAAAGUCAA